CACUAAGCGAGCUCUACAAGUCAAGACUGGGCAGUGGGUCCAUGAAUAAACUGCCUCACUCCUGCAGGAACCAAAAGAUGGCUGCUGCCCAGAAGCAUGUGCUGCAUGUGUAUGUUGAACGAGACACCGCCCUGAAACUUACUCUACUUGAGCGACCAAAGUCAGUGGAGGAGCUGAAAGAAAUAAUUCAAGAGAGGUUCAAGCCAAGACUGAAUGGGGACUUUAGCCUUCACUAUGUCCUCAUGGACACAACCUAUGCCCUAUGUCGCCAAGAAAUUGUUGGAGCUGUUGGAGCUCCACGAGUGAGAGACAUCGUGGACAGAUGGCCAGCCCUACUUAUGGAGUCACAGGUGGUUGCAGAGUUCCACCGAAUCAAGAAUGUUAACCUGCGCACUCAAUUCUACAAGGAGCUGGACAGACACACGCCUAGACUCAUCACUUUGUUCCGAGACAAGGCCAUCAAGACUGGCAAGAUUGCAGAGGAGCUAGCAAAGCUCAUGAGAAUUUAUGACAUUCAGGAACAGCGUGAUGUAAAUACAAGACGGGUCCUCGUCCUUCAUGCACUUCCUGUGUACCUGCGUGAAGAUGCCUCCACGUUAUUCAGGACUUGUGAUUCAGCAGAUGGUCCAGACCUCACUGACACUCCUGUGGCUCUGCUGACAGUUGUCACGGAUGACACUACUGAUUCGGCCCUCUUCAGUCCCGAAAGCAUCUGCAUUGUUGUUGAGGAUGAAAUACUUGUGAAUGGUCCCACAAAUCUGGCUGACUCAUUUCUCCUGCUCUUUGGGUACAUCUAUGCACUAGACCUACAAUACCCAAAGAAACUUGAGCUUACAUUCACAUUUAUCCAGAAGGUUGUGAUGUGCCUUGAGGACAACAAACCACUGAAAGGGCGUCUACUGAUGCUGAAGAAUGAUUUGUUCAAUGAGUGAAUCACUCAGAAUGGACUACUUGUUGAGCUGAGUAUUGAGGAAGCUUUUUU